AUGGAGAACGGUGACGACGAUAUAGACUCCUUUUUGAAACCGUUGGUUCUUGACAAUGGCACAGUAUACAAUCUUGCAUACCGUUUCUCGAAGACAUUCAAGGAACUCGCAGCGAGCUCUCUAGAGCAGUUCUUUCCUGCGGCUGUAACCCGCCUACCCACAGGGCAGGAAACAGGCCAUUAUCUAGCAGCAUAUGUCGGCCUUUCAUACCUUCGGGUUGCCUUCAUUGACCUGCUAGGUCCGGCUGUACCAAGGGCCAAAACUAACGGUAGUAAAGGUGUGAUACCACCCCGUGUGCGACGAACUCUGGAGAAAGCAUGGCCUAUCGAAGAACGCCUGAAAAAGGAUAACGCGAAGGACCUCUUUGCAUGGAUUGGAGACUGUGUCGCCGAGGUUGUAGCAGACAGCCUAGAUCCGGUGGGAAGCAGUUCACCGGCAUCAGUAGAUAUGGGCAUUUCAUUUUGUUUCCCAAUAAAGCAAGGAAACCUGCACGAGGCGAUAUUAAUGCCUACUGGCAAAGGAUUUGCAAUAAACUCGGAUCUCAAUCUUCGAGAGGCUUUGCUUGACGGUUACGACCGCCACAUACGGCGCGCCAAUCGGGAGUUUGAUGCUGACACAAAGCGACUACGGAGCAGUUCGCUGCCGACACUAAGAGUAGUGGCAAUCACAAACGACACAGUUGGGACGCUGGCGUCUCUAGCAUACUCGGUGCCAUCGCUUCCCAAUAGCAGGGCCGUCAUGGGCCUUAUCGUCGGUUCAGGAUGUAAUGCCACCAUAUUAAUGAAGAUGAGCGACCUCCAUGAAAUGAAAACCCAUCAGGUGCGCAUGAAUCAACCCGAGGCAACAGAGGUACUCGUGAGCACCGAAUGGACCCUAAGUGACUCUGCUGCUCCUCUCCGAGAGCUUGAGAUCGCUACCAAGUGGGAUAAAGAGCUUGAGGCGGCUAGUAGUCGACCGGGCUUCCAACCCUUGGAAUAUAUGGUUGGCGGUCGAUAUAUAGGCGAAUUAGUCCGUAUAAUUGCGCACGAUUACCUGAGAAUUGUCCUUGGAGUCCCACACGACGCGCUUCCGGUGAACCUCGUCGAGCCAUACAAGCUUACGACCGACUUCCUCUCUUUUGUUGUCGCAUCCCCCUCCGCCACCAAGGAAAGCCUUGCCUCUGAGCUUCGCGCCAAACUCCCACCUCCAGCAUCGUCAAGUGAGUGGAACUGGACACCUGAAACAGCGGGCAUUCUACGAUCCAUCGCAUCCACCGUCCAGGUCCGGUCCGCUGCCCUCGUUGCCGCGGCAACCGUCGGCCUGCUAGCCUGUACGGAACACAUCCAUCUCACGAAGCUUCAAGAUCUAGCAUCUGUUCCACAUACACCUACUCAAGAAGCUACCUCGUUCCUGCAGCCAAGCGACCUCCGUAGUCCGGAGGAACUAGUUGUUGGUUUCUCUGGCGGUGUUAUACAACACUACCCAAGGUACAAGGGCCAUGUGCAAAGGUAUAUUGACCAGAUACUACUACGCAGUGGGCCACAGGAUGGAGGGAAGAGUAUAUUCCUUAGAGAAGCGAGUGAUGGUGGUAUCAUCGGCGUGGGCGUCCUGGCUGGCACAACUAACGGCAAGAUAGAGACGAUUACGGGCGCAGGUAUGAAGGCUGUGCAGGAUGCAAAGGAUCCUCAGUCAUAA